GCAUCCCCAUGUUGUCAGUUUUGUAUUGUUUACAUCCGUGGUAAGUUGUGUUUGAAAAAUCGAAAAAAUCAAUAUUAUUAUUUCGCGUAAAUUACGUUGCUGUAUUUUGAUUACAUGUAGGAGAACACAGGAGACCGUGUUAAAAAUGCAGGCAUUACUGCUUCUCCUAGCUGCAGUGGGGACCGUGUAUCCAGCACCAGAAGAAAGGUCAGCGCCGAAAACUGAUACCUGUGGAUAUGAUAGUUGUCCCGCCACGCUACCCGAUACACUCAAUGUGCAUAUAGUUCCUCACACUCAUGAUGACGUGGGCUGGCUGAAAACGGUGGACCAGUAUUAUUAUGGCAGUAAAAACAGUAUUCAGAAGGCUGGUGUUCAGUAUAUUCUUGAUUCUGUCGUGAAAGAGUUAUGGGAAGAUCCAAAGAGAAGGUUCAUUUACGUAGAGACAGCCUUCUUCUGGAAGUGGUGGGUCCGUCAGAGCGCAGCUGUACAGUCCAAGGUGCACACCCUGGUGAGGCAGGGUCGGCUGCAGAUGGUGGGGGGGGCUUGGAGCAUGAACGACGAAGCCGCUUCUCAUUAUCAGAGCACUGUCGAUCAGUUCACUUACGGGUUGAAGAAACUCAACCAGACGUUUGGUCACUGCGGCCGGCCUCACGUGGGUUGGCAGAUAGACCCAUUCGGGCACUCGCGCGAGUUCGCCUCGCUGUUGGCUAUGAUGGGCUACGAUGGCCUCUUCCUAGGCCGCAUAGACUAUCAGGAUAAGAGGAAUAGGCUGCUUAAUAGGAAUAUGGAGAUGGUUUGGCGUGGAGAUGAUGUGUUGGGUAGAUCAUCAGACCUCUUCACAGGCGUACUACACAACACAUACUCCCCACCCGCCGGGUUCUGUUUCGACGUGCUCUGUGCAGACGAGCCGAUCAUAGACGACCCGGAUUCACCCAUGUAUAACGUCGAGUCCAAGGUUUCAAUAUUCUUAGACAAUGCGGUUAAGCAAGCUAAAUAUUAUAGAACUAAUAAUGUUAUAUUUACAAUGGGAGGUGAUUUUACAUAUCAAGACGCUAAUAUGUGGUAUACGAAUCUAGAUAAAUUGAUACAGUAUGGUAAUUUGAAAGCAGCGAAAGACAAAAUGAAUAUUACUCUGUUUUAUUCUACGCCUAAUUGUUAUUUGAAAGCAAUAAAGGAUGCUAACCCGACAUUACCCACAAAGAAAGACGAUUUCUUCCCGUACGCUAGCGAUUCUACUGCUUAUUGGACUGGGUAUUUCACUUCUAGGCCUACCACUAAGUAUUUUGAAAGAGAAGGGAAUAGUUAUUUACAGAUGGUGAAACAAUUGCAAGUGUUAGCGAACUUAGAAAAACAUAAUGAAUUUGUUUUAAAUGAACUGAGGAGUGCUAUGGGCGUGAUGCAGCAUCAUGACGCGAUCACGGGCACUGAGAAGCAGCACGUGACGCACGACUACGAGCGACUGCUCAACCAGGCCAUCGAUGACGCGCUUACUAUAGCUAAGCAGGCUUUUAACAAAGUGACACUAAACGACGAGUCGAAGCCCCCACUGCUUGCGUUCCAGAGAUGUCAUCUCAACGAGUCUAGUUGUCACGUGUCUGAGAAUAGCGACAGGUUUAUCGUGACUAUAUACAAUCCCCUGGGUUUUGCUGUGAGAGAACCAAUAAGAAUACCCGUCGGCAACGGACAAUUUGAAGUCUAUAGCUCUGAUGGCAAACUAAUCAAGAUCCAAAUGGUACCCAUAGCCCACAGAGUUAGAAACAUCCCCACUCGACGAUCAAAAGCAACACAAGAAAUAGUUUUCAUAACCGAUCUAAAACCUCUUUCGUACAAAUCUAUAUACAUAAAAAAAGUUAACCGAACGAAGAGAAGUGGCAACACUUAUGAUUUUUACUCGAAUAUUAAUAAUAAUUUUUGGGGACAUAUUAAAGAGCCGGUUUUCACUAAAAUUGAUGAUAAACAGACUUACAAAGACAUUGUAGAUGAUGUUACUAGUAUACCUUUUGCGCCGGUCCAUUCUGACGAUAUUUCGCUAAUAGAUGAUAGAGAAACAAAUUUGGAUAUUUUAAAAGAUGGUAAAAACGAUGCUGAGGUAUUAGAGCUAGAGAAAUUCCUUAAAGAUAACAGAAGGAAAGAUAAGGAUAAUGCAAGGAUAGUGGAUAGCUAUCCUAAUUUUAAUGAGGAUGAAAUGAGGAUGUUGGCAGACGAGCCGAGGACGGUUGAGAAGUUUGACGAUGAACUCGCUAUGGAGAAUCAGUUCUACAAUCUCCAAAUAAACACAGCUAGCGGUUUCAUCAACCAAGUCACUCUUCCCGAGCAAACAAAACUAAAUUUUUCUAUCAAUAUGUUCUAUUACUCGGCCACUUGUGGCGAUAACCAGGGGACUGAACGUCGGUCCUCUGGCGCUUACAUCUUCAGGCCCCUGUCCUACAACCCGGUUAAACUUGACACCCAAAGAACUGAGUUUGUCAACGGUGACCUUGUUACAGAAUUUCGCGUAAACUUGAGUCCUGGGGGCUAUGUCAAUACUAAAUUAUAUGAUGGUUUGAACUUUAUUGAAACAGAAUGGAUAGUAGGCCCUAUAAAUAUAGAUGAUUUAAUAGGCAAAGAGUAUGUUAUGAAGUACCAAACCAAUAUAGUUAAUAACGGAGAAUUUUAUACUGACUCAAAUGGCCGUCAGAUGUUGAAGAGAAAACUGAAUUUUAGACCGCAAUGGAAUGUUACAUUAGCAGAACCGAUCUCUGGGAAUUAUUAUCCGGUUACAAAUGAGAUUUAUAUAGAGGGUGAGAAUUUGAGACUGACGAUUUUACCCGACAGGUCAGAGGGAGGUUCGUCUUUAAUUGAGGGGGAAAUAGAACUUAUGUUACACAGAAGACUGUUGUGUGACGAUGCGUUUGGUGUAGGGGAGGCAUUGAACGAAACUGCUAAUGGGUAUGGGCUCGUAGUUAGAGGGAAACACAGAAUAAUUAUUGGUAAAGAUGAGAAUCUUAUCAAGAAGAAUGUCUUAGGCUUACACUUAGGUCCACAGCUACUCUUCUCAGAUGCAGAAAAUAUUAAAUUUGAUGACUGGUUGAAACUAAACAAUGAUUAUAGUUUUCUAAAUAAAGAACUGCCGUACGGAUUACAUUUGCUAACACUAGAACCUUGGGAUUCGAAAAUUUUGAUCAGAUUAGAGAAUUACUUGGAUAAUUCUGAAGUUAUAGAGGUUGACCUUAAAAAUCUUUUCAAAAAUAUUACGAUUAAAUGUUUGAGAGAAACGAUGUUAGCUGCUAAUAUGUUCGUAGAUGAAUAUGAUCAGUGGGUGUGGAAUAAAGAGCCAAAAGUCAAAAAUUUCGAUAAGUCCAAAAGUUCGGAUUUGAAAGUCAAAUUGAGGUCUAAACAGAUUCGAACGUUUAUUGCAACGGUUGAGGACAGGAAGAAUAGCAAAAAGUUUUUAAUUGUAGAAUUGAGGAGACGGAAUAAAAAGAAUUGAGUCAUGAGUCCAAAUUUGUCUCAUGGAAGCGGGUGAGUUAUACUUGUCUGUACAUCAGCGUAGUGUUUGUACAGGAAUGAAUUUUAUUCAGUGCAAAAACUUUGCCAACUUAUAGUUAAAUAAGUUUUAUAGAUACGUGUAUUUUUAUUUUGUCGUGUCUUAGUACAAAAAAGAAUAGUUAUUGAUAGCGAAAGAUGUUUAUUUUGUAACCGAUUGUACGGUCACAGUCGUCAUAGUAGGCACGGCGGCAACGCGAAACCGUUUACUGACGCGAGCGCUGCUCCAAGCGAGUUAGAAUAGUUGGUAUCCAUAUUUUGCUGAUUUUAGGGCGGAUAAAAAAAUACUGAUGAUGCAGAUAUGUUUUGUUAAUGAUUCUGGACCACCAGUUUUUUUUUUACACUGCUUAAAAUUCAUUCCUGUGUGACUCGGCCACUACUGAGCGCGAGCUUACCCGUUUCGUGAGAUAAUACAUUUUUAGAACGAAAAAUAGAAAUGUUUCUUUUGUAUGAUCAAAACUUAAAAAAAAUGGCUCAUAUUUUGGCUAAGAACAGUUCUAUCGGGCUACAAAAAUGCAAAAUAAUUAACAUCUGUCUAGCCUUUUCUCAACUAUGUUGGGGUCGGCUUCCAGUCUAACCGGAUGCAGCUGAGUACCAGUGUGCCACAAGGAGCGACUGCCCUAUCUGACCUCCUCAACCCAGUUACCCGGGCAACCCGAUACCCCUUGGUAAGACUGGUUGUCAGACUUACUGGCUUUUGAGUUAUUGUAAAAUGUUACAUAAUUGAAAUAAUUGAAUAUUUCGCACACCUAGAUCUAAAGAGGGGUAACUCAAAAACACGUUUUUUCUUAAAAAAAAAAAAAAAAAAUCUUAUUUCUUUUUCGCUAUGUAUUGUAGAAGUGUUCUGUAUAGAAUAAUGUUUUUUUAUACCUCUAACAUAUUCUCUUCAUAUUUAAAAAUGAAUGCCACUUUUCGUUUUAAUUUUAUAACUCAAGAACGGUCUCACCUAUCCAAACCAAAUGUUUAGGCUUUGUUCGGACUAUUUAGUAGAUGGUUUAUGUGAAGUUUGCACAAAAUCGGUCGAGCGGUUCUCCAUUUAUAUGCCAUUAUUAUCGUCCCACUGCUGGGCUGCGGCCUCCUCUCACACGGAGAAGGAUUGAGCAUUAAUCACCACGCUUGCUCAAUGCAGGUUGCUGAUUUCAGACUUUAUAGUCCAGGUUUCCUCAAGAUGUUUUCCUUCACCUUUUUAUCAGCCAUUGGUAUCCAAGAUAUACUUAGAAGGUACAUACAAUCAUAAAAUAGUUGCAUUGGUACUUGCCUGACCUGGAAUCGAACCCACACCCUCAUACUCGAGAGGUUGGUUCUUUACCCACUAGGCCACUAGUAUUUUUUAAUCUGUUUUCUUGGUAGGUAUUCGUACAUAUAAGGGAUUUGAUGGUACCUAUGCAAUCAAAAAAUCUAGAUUUCUGAUCUUAACCCCUUUUAGAUCCAGGUGUGCGUUUUAAUAUUAGGAUGCAUAGUUAUAUUUUCUAUAAUAAUUGUUUAUAUAAAUAGUUUUUAAAGUUCAUAUGUUAUGUUGUGAUCGAAAUAUGGUGAACCAAAUAAAUGAUUUUGUAUUUUUUAUUUUGUAAUGUA